AUGGAUGCCUCCCGAGCUGGCAGCAUAGGGGAAGACAGUUCCCAACCUCAGGAUGUUUCCACCAUCCACCAGUUGCUUCGGUCCAUGGGCGUCGAUGACUUUGAACCCCGCGUCGUCAACCAGCUCAUGGACUUCAUGUACAAGUACACCACCGACAUCCUCCUCGACGCCGAAGUCUUCAGUGAACAUGCUGGGAGAGCACCGGGACAUGUCGACUUGAACGGCGUCACGCUCGCCAUCCAGUCCCGGACAUCCAGCUACGCGCAGCCGCCCCCCCAGGACCGCGUGGCAGAACUCGCCAAGCUCUACAACGAUGUUCCUCUGCCAGACAUCAUCGUCAAACCGGGCCUGCCGCUUCCUCCAGAAGUCAAGCAGGUCACGGCACCCAAUUGGCAGUACGACCCGACCAAUCAAUACCAGCAGCAGCGAUAA